UCCGAGGCCAUAUUGGAACGACAGACUUGUAAGUUCAGCUCUUUGUUUAUUCUUUAAAAUAAAUAUAUUUAGGCCAUUUUGGUGCACAUCACCCGGGUGAUUACUAACGUAAGAUUGUCCAAUCUCAAAUGUUUUGUUCAGGUUUGCCAAACGGACUAAAUCGCAGCUAUGGUGGCCGCAAAGAAGACGGUGAGUCGAGCUGUCGUGAACGCAUGCAUGGUGGAAUCGUGGCGCUAUCUGGCCUCGUGUUUACACGGUUUUAUAAACGGUCAAUGUUGCCCGUACAUAUCUGUUUGUAACUUGCCCCAACAUACAAUGUUGUACUUCCUGGACAUGUCUAGUUUUAGUUGUUGCCAAUUUGCCCUAUCCAGAUAGCAAGUGCUAUAUUAACCAUCACCGGCUUGCCAACUAGCUAGCUAGUUAACGUUAGCUAUUUAGCCAGACAGCAAGUUGAAUUAUUUAUUUGUUUAUUUAACCUUUAUUUAACUUGGCAAGUCAGUUAAGAACAAAUUCUUAUUUACAAUGACGGCCUACAGCGGCCAAACCCGGACGACGCCGGGCCAAUUGUGCGCCGCCCGAUGGGACUGAUUGCAUUAUAGUUGGCUAAUCAACAAACACCAUGUAACAGCACUGUCAUCUGAAGUAUUAUAUCUGAUCAAUCCACUUAACUAGAUAGGUUUGUGACUGUCAUGUCAUUUUGGAUGGUGGUAAUUGGCCAGCCAGAUGACCGCGGUCUCGUAAUAGCCAUUUUAUCUCCUUCACUCCUGACCUGCAUGUGCUGCCAUAGAAAUAGAACGGGAAUCCCCAUUCAAGUCAUUUUUGUUUGAUUUAUUUCACCUAUUUUAUCAGGGAGUCAUACUGCGACCAAGGUCUCUUUUACAAAUUACAGAAAAUACACACGUGAAAAUAUAAAUACAAACAGAAAUAAACAAUGUCAUUAAAAAAAAACAUUCAUCAGUAAAAAGGUUCUCAAUCAACUUCCUGAAUUACCCUUGAAGCAACAAAACGUCUAAUGUAAGAACAUUUUAGAAGAUUGUUACACAUAAAUAUGGUGCAAGAAAGGUAAAUCCGCUUUGAGUUAAUUCAGUAGAGACCAAAGGAAUGUCCAGAGUUAGCCAUCGCUAAGACCGGGUGUGGUAACUCAUGUCAUAAGUUUAGUAAAGAUGUUAGGUACAGUGGGACUUUUUGUAAAAGGGCUUUAUAAAUGAACACGGCAAUGUAUCAACCUACGUGACCUCAGAGGGCCAACCAACUUCCUGGUAGAGAAUACAGUGAUGAGUACCAAACCUGUCAUCCGUAAUAAAGCACAGAGCUCUGAUAAACUGCAUCUAACGGCGUUAAUGAAGUGGCUGCUGCGUUCAUAGAGAUGACGUCGCCAUAGUCUCGGACCGACCGAAACGUCGACUGAAUAAUCUGCUUUCUACUAUUUAUCGAGAGGCGGGACCUGUUUCUAUAGAAGCCCAUUUUAAUUCUCAGCUUCUUAACUAACUCGUCAAUAUGCUUUAUAAAAGACAGCUUUUCAUCUCUCCAGAUAUUUGUAAGCAGGGACAAUAUGAACAGCAUCUUAAGGACACAUGCUUAAAUCAUCAGUUAUUUUUAUGCACUCUAGAGAACAUCAACUUAGUUUUACCUGCAUUCAGUACUAAUUUAAAGUCAAAGGUGUUUCUGUAAUACAGGGAAGGCAGGCUGUAGUUAAACAGGUCAAUGGCAUUAAUACACAACAGUAUCAUCAACGUACCGGAGCAGGUUACACGUUUUUACAGACAAGUCGAUAAUGUUAACAUUGAUGGCAUUAUGGGUGAACUGGCGGCCAUUGCGAGUGUACCCCAUAGGUGCAAAGCAGGAAGUGUACCCAUCAAGAUGUGUUGUGAUUUGAUUCAACUAAACGAAUAUUACAAAAAAUACAUUUUGUAUUUGCAUGAGCCAUAUCAGUUAACAUUUUAAUUAACUUUCUACAUUACCAUGAAAAUGAUUUCAUCACAAUACCAGGCAGCCAUUGCGAGUGUACCCAUGAGUUCACUAGUCAAAUUGCCAGGGUUAGAUGUUCCAAGCCUGUUCUAUUCAUUCUGUUUCUGUGCGCUGCUGCAUUGUGGGGAGCGUUGCCUAGGCAACCAAAGACUCGUUUUGCUAGUUUCAACAAGGAGCAACAGUGCAUGUUACAGCAGAAACGGACAGCUGUUCAUUUUAAGAAAAACAAAUAUAUAUUUUUAAAAGGUUAUGUUGUUUUUAUUACCAUGGCGGUCUUCAUCCAUAACCGUUGGUUACAUGGUGGUAAUGGGAAUUGUGACAGCCCUAGUUAAAUGUAUCUCAAUUAGAAGACCAUAUAUCAUGUUUUGGACCAAUGGAUAUGGGCUACAUUCAUAUCCCAUCAAUGUUUCUCACUAAACAUAAUUUGUUUCUUUUAAUGGCAGAAAAAGUCCCUGGAGUCCAUCAACUCCCGUCUCCAGCUGGUGAUGAAGAGCGGUAAAUACGUUCUGGGAUACAAGCAGUCUCAGAAGAUGAUCCGCCAGGGCAAAGCCAAGCUGGUCAUCCUGGCCAACAACACACCUGCCCUCAGGUAACUAAGGCCUGCAUGUUAUUUAGUAUUAGCUAAUGAAGUGAAGGCAUUAUCACUAGUACCCUUUUCACUCUAACUUGGUGAGCUGAAGUUUUACUGUGCUCGCCAGGGAUGUAUUCAUUAGUCGAAUACUGUUGCAAAACGUUUUGCAAUGGAAACCGUUUACUCCAAAUGGAAAACGUUGUGCAAAUGAAACAAGUUAUUAUUGGACAAAUUCAUGUAGGUGCCUCCACAUCUGGUUCCUAGCGUUAAGGGUUAAUUAGCUGUACUAAUUAGCGAUCUACGUCUCCGAACACUUGUGUGUCAACGAAAGACAGACGCCAUAAACGUGUUGUCACUAAAAAAUACUGUCGGCUGCAACUGUUAAAACAGUGUACAGUACAUGUGUAUUUUGUAUUUGUGAAAUUAUUUUGAUGUGAUAUGGCCCCGUGUAGCUCAGUUGGUAGAGCAUGGCGCUUGCAAUGCCAGGGCUGUGGGUUCGAUUCCCACGGGGGGCCAGUAUGAAAAUGUAUGCACUCACUAACUGUAAGUCGCUCUGGAUAAGAGCAUCUGCUAAAAUAUGAAAGUAGAGGGAUUUAUAUUUCUAUAUAAUGAUGACACCAAAUGAUGACCACCAGUCAGAGACCACUAUGAUGACCACCAAUCAGAGACCACUAUGAUGACACACCAAAUGAUGACCACCAAUCAGACCACUAUGAUGACACACCAAUCAGAGACCACUAUGAUGACAUCAAAUGAUGACCACCAGUCAGAGACCACUAUGAUGACCACCAAUCAGAGACCACUAUGAUGACACACCAAAUGAUGACCACCAAUCAGAGACCACUAUGAUGACACACUAAAUGAUGACCACCAAUCAGAGACCACUAUGAUGACCACCAAUCAGAAACCACUAUGAUGACACACCAAAUGAUGACCACCAAUCAGAGACCACUAUGAUGACACACCAAAUGAUGACCACCAAUCAGAGACCACUAUGAUGACCACCAAUCAGAAACCACUAUGAUGACACACCAAAUGAUGACCACCAAUCAGAGACCACUAUGAUGACACCAAAUGCGUUUGAUGGAUCCUUUGUCUUCUUGUAAUGCCUCUUAAGGGGAAAGUCAUCCAACAGUAACUGAAAGGAAUCAGAUGACAUUACUGAGUUUGGUUACUCCAAGUUAAGUCACCGAUUUAAAAUAAAGAACCUGUAAUGUUUUCCAUGUAGAAAGUAACCUACCCAACCCUGCUGUAAUCCCAGACGCAGUUCCAUUCCUACUUCAAUAAACCUUUCAAGUAGUUAGAUAUUGAAGAAUUCACAUUGACUUGACCAAAUAAGCACAUCAAGUGUUGCUUCUGCGUUCUUAUGGGUACAUUUUGUGGUCCUCUGUAGCUCAGCUUGUAGAGCACGGCGCUUGUAACGCCAGGGUAGUGGGUUCGAUCCCCGGGACCACCCAUACGUAAAAAUGUAUGCACGCAUGACUGUAAGUCGCUUUGGAUAAAAGCGUCUGCUAAAUGGCGCAUUAUAUUACAUUAGGUUAUGUUUUAUGUAGUCCUCCCACAAAGGCACACCUGUAUUGGUCUGCUUGCAGGUGUGUAAGAACCGGAGGAAUAUUAAAAUGAGUGCUGAUUUUUGUGUUACUGGCUGCAACUGCAGUUGGUCGUUCAGCAAUCGGACAACCUUGAGAACAUCCUAAACUACAUCAUUAGACUGAUGUGGAUCACUGUUACAUUGCAGUGUAGCUUGUACUCAUGUUGCUUCCCCCUCGCACAGACAGGGAUCACGUUUCAUUGAAUGGUAACACAUAUAAACUUGAAUUGUUUGUUCAGAAUGUUGCUGCCUGCGUUUCCUGCGGUCACGCUUUGCUAAAAGGUAUUUCUGGCUCCUCAGGAAGUCUGAAGUGGAGUACUAUGCCAUGUUGGCCAAGACUGGCGUCCAUCACUACAGCGGGAACAACAUCGAGCUGGGCACAGCCUGCGGAAAGUACUUCAGGGUGUGCACACUGGCCAUCAUCGACCCCGGUGAGUGUCUGGGUGUCCUGUUUACCACGGCCAUUCUGUUGUCUGCAGAGUUGGACAAUCCUUUAGUAGUGAGCAGUUGGAGACGGUUUAUUUUUCAUUCAUACAUUUAUCAUUGUUUUCAAAGAUGACAUGAAGAUCUGAGAAUGAUAAAACUGCUCACUACUACAUUACAUGAGCAUGUCUGAUUUUAAUAACGUUGUACUUGUGAAUGUGUAGAUAUAUUUUUUGUCUCACUGCUGCUUACAUUUUGUAAAUGUUUGCACCUGGUGGAUCUAUGGUGAUCUGACCAGAACUAGUGAUUCACUAGAUUAACACCUGAACCGACUGGCCUCUAGCCAGUUACUUCCUGCUUCAUUAGUGACAAUUACUUAGUUCUUCUUUUACACUGUCAAACUAAAGCUUGGUUGGUUUGAAGUAUGUCUUGUAAUGCUAAAUGUAAUAUUGUUCUCUCAACAGGUGAUUCAGACAUCAUCAGGAGUAUGCCGGACCAGCCGCAGGGGGAGAAAUAGACAUUUCAGACUCUUAAUGUUAGAAAUAAACUUGGUUGAAUGGUC